UCACUGUAGUUGACCCUUGUUCAUUUUUUGGUGGAAGGCAAUAGUGCCGGCAAAGACUUGAAAUUCCAGGUGAAGCAAGAAGAACCGGUGGCUGAUGUGGCAGAAAAAACUGCAAAUGGUUCAACUGCUGAGGAAAUUAAUGGCAAGAAGAAGAACAAAAAGAGCAAGAAUGACACUUCAGUCAAUGAUAGUGAAAAAACACUUGAAGAUACAGCCAUGGCAGAAAAGUUAAAUGAAUCCCUUGAAAAUGGCUACGGGGAUGAAAGUGGUAGGGCAUCAAAGAAAUCCAAUGGUAAUAAAAUGCCUGAAUUGGCAGAGGAUCAAUCAACUAAGAAACUAAAAGAAAAGAAGAAGAAAAGCAAGUUGGCAAUCACAGUUGCUGGAUGCUGAUGCGGCUGAAGUGAAACAAGAAGCUAUAUCAUCUGAAAAUGCUGAGGCUACAGAAGAUGGGAUUGAUGAAUCUAAGAAGGUUUCCAAGAAAAGAAAAAGAAUGCUUCCUGAUGAAACGGAAAAUAAGUCUGGUGGGGAAGUAGCAAUUGAAGAAUCUAAAUCUAAAAAAUCAAAAUGUCUCAAAGAAAGCAAAGAUGUCCCUGAAGCCAAUGGCCAUGCUUUUGAAGGGAAUUUUAUGAAUGUUUCUGCUAACAGUAAUGAAAUAGGCAAAUCAAGUCAGAAAAAAUCUGCAAACAAACAACCUAAAAGUUCUGAGCCAACAACAGCAAAAGCAUUCCAAAGAGUGAAGAUUGAUGAGGUGGAAUUUGUUGAUGACAGACUUCAAGACAAUUCUUAUUGGGCAAAGGAUGGUGCGGAAACUGGUUAUGGUGCUAAAGCACAAGAAGUCCUGGGACAAGUCAAGGGAAGGGGCUUUCGUCAUGAGAAAACUAAGAGGAAGCGUGGUAGCUACAGAGGAGGACAAAUGGACCUGCAAUCACACUCGGUGAAGUUCAAUUAUUUUGAUGAAGAAUGAAACAUGCAUGUGAGGCUUUGAACUCAAUGUCCAUUUUUUAUGCCAUAAUUGGGAGGUCAGUUUUGGUAGGGUGGCCUUUUUAUCCCAUAACUGGGAAGUCAGUUUUGGUGUGGUCCUAUAUUACGAUUCAAUGUGUAAUGGCACCAUUCUUAGGCCAUCCGCAUCGUUUUCUCUUAUCCGUCUCUUAA